AUGGAGGAGCUGAUAGCGAAGCGAGGACCAUAUUUCGAUCAGUUUUCCAUGAAGUAUGACGGUGCACUGAACGGCGUCAAACUAACGAUGCAGUGGAUGCGUGACGUUGUUAUGCCGUCCAAGAGUCACGGGACGGUCGACAAGCCGGCCUGUGCAAUGAAUGAUACCGGCGGCAGCUUUGGCUCUAGCAUCAAUUCUUCGUUGAUACGGUGGUCAGCAGGAAGUUAG